CAGACGCCACAUUCAGUUACAAACCGCGAAAGUAAAGCCACGCCAGUUGAAUUCUUGAAGUUGUGAAAUUGUUGUGACAUACUUUCGAGAGGAUUGCCGUGUGAUAACAUAUCAAGUGCAAAAUAGUGAAAAUAGGGAGUAAUUUUGCAUAGUUGUGUGAAGUUUAAGUGAAAAUUCGAGGCUACGGGUUACAUUACCCAAAAAUUAGUGAAGAUUUGAAAAGUAUACAUUUAUCAAACAAAAUGUACGACGAGUCCGUGGUCUCUGUAAAAACCGAGACUUUCAGUGGAGCUGCGGCUAAAAGCCCAAUUAGUCAGUGUAUCAGAACUGUACUAAGAAGAGCUUGCGUGGAGAAGAGGCUUACCAUCGGUCUCUUACCAGCUAUACAGUAUCUGUCGAAAAAUACAAAUGGCGCGCUAUUCUGUCUGACGGCAGCGGCGCCACCUGGCGACAGCGCUACGCACAUGCAAGAGGUCUUGUUGCAGGCUUUCUGCGACGAAAACGACAUCUACGUCAUAAAGGUCGAUUCGGAGAAUAAGUUGAAGAGGUUGCUUGGCUUCUGCAAAACUCCUAUGGAUUUCAGCUGCAUUCUCGUUCACUACCCGUACGCUGAUCCAUUUAGCGACAGCCAAGAAAUUGACCUGUCUAUCUUAUCUGAAGCAGAAAAAGAUUUGAUCGACCACUGCGACACCAACUGGGGCACUCAGAUGCCAGUCAUCAAGCUACCGGAGAAGUGAACGUAGCCUAUAAAUAAUAUUGAGAAUUGAGUUGAUUUAUUUGACAAAUAACGCCAAUAUGCGUUAUUUCGGCCUUCAGUGCCAUCUAGUGUUGUAUUUCGUCCUGUGGACUUGUAGGGAUAUGUUGUAUAAACUUGUUUCCAUAAUUACAAUAAACACUAGACUAUUUUUAAGAUGAGACGUAAGGAUAGGAGUUUAUUCGUACAGCGAUUGUACUUUUGUAAUGGAAUUCGCCAGGAAAUGGCUUGUAUUUUUAUAAUGUAGAAAAAUGAAAAGUAUUUUAAUACUCUAUUGUUAACGUAUUUCUACUUUGUUACUUAAAAUGAAUAAUAAACAUGUGCUGGUGA